AUGACCUUUUCUUUUUCCUAUCCCACUCUCUGCUCCGUUUCGCUCGCUGCCUUUUGCCUCGGCUGGAUCGUCUAUCAAAGAUUCCUCUCCCCCCUCUCCCAGAUUCCGGGCCCUUUCUGGGCUUCUAUCUCGCGGCUAUGGUAUUUGCGGAAGAUCAAUGCGGAGGACAUGCACCGCUACACAAAAAAAUUGCAUGAUCGAUAUGGGCCUAUCGUGAGAAUUGCUCCCAACGAGUGCUCCGUGUGCGAUCCUCAAGCCUGGAAGGAAAUCUACGCUGUCAACGGUGGCUUCACCAAGACGGAUUUCUACCUCACCCAGGCACCAAAUCUCUCUCCGCACGCCGACAGCUUCACGCAGCUGGACGAGAAGAGGCACACGUUCCGUCGCCGCAUGAUCCAGCACAUAUUCGCCUUUAAGACGGUUCUGGAAAACGAAAAAUACGUGGAUCCUGUCAUCGAGCUGUUCAUGCAGCGCAUGGGAGAGCUCGCCGACAGAGGUGAUGCAUUUGACAUCUCUGAGUAUACGUUUGACGUUAUCGGCGAGUUGUUCUUCGGCCGUGCGUUUGGAUUCCUACGCGAAAGUAAAGAUAUCGGAGGCUACAUCGCCGCUGUGGACAUCAUCCUACCGCACGCUAUCCGUAUGGCAGUGCUUCCAAAGGUCCUGUGGCCGCUGCAGAUCCUUAUGUUACCGUUUUCAGCGACAUUCAGGCACGGCGUAUCAGUGUUCAAUUCUUUGACCGCAGUGUCGAAGAAGCUGGUAGACGAGCGUGUCGAAUCGGGCAAAGGCCGGCCGGAUAUGCUCGAAAAGCUGUUGGAAGUAAGCCGGGAAAAGUCUCCAGACUUCGAUAUCACGGAUGUGUACACUGAGUCGUACACGGCCAUCUUUGCUGGCAGCGAUACUACUGCCAUUGCUAUCCGCUCUGCGCUGUACAACCUUUGCAAGAAUCCCGACACCUACACGAAGCUGCAGGGUGAGAUCGAUCGACAUGAAGCCGAGGGCAAGCUCAGCCCAAUCGUCACGUACGCCGAGGCUUCGAGGAUGCCUUAUUUGUCUGCAGUCUGCAAGGAGGCCAUGCGUGUGUUCCCACCAAUUGCUCUCACGUUCCCGCGUCACGUCCCCGAGGGUGGUCGCGAGCUCUGCGGUCAUUAUAUCCCGGCUGGAUACCGCGUUGGCGUGAAUCCAGCUACAUUCCACUUUGUAAAAUCGAUCUUUGGCGAGGAUGCGGACGACUUCAACCCUGAUCGCUGGUUCCGCUCCGAGGCGAAGGAAAUGGACAGACACAUGUUCCAAUUCGGACAGGGUACACGUCAGUGCAUUGGAAAGAAUGUUGCUGCUGUGGAAAUGUGGAAGUUUCUUCCACAGUUCCUUCGCUCUUUCCGCAUCGAGCUUGUCGAUCCAAAAGCAGAAUGGAAGGAAAUUAAUUACUGGUUUGUCAAGCAAGUUGAUAUCAACGUUUGGGUGUAUAGGAGGUAA